AUGUCGGAAGCCGAGUCGAAGCGCCUGGCUCAGGCCGAGUAUUGGGAUGAGCGCUACGCCAAAGUCGGCCCGGACGAGCAGGUCCACGAGUGGUUCAGGUCCUUUGACGACCUUGCUCCCUUUCUAGACCGGCAUCUAUUCCAAGUCCGAGGGCCAGAGACGGCACCUAAGAUCCUUCAUCUGGGAUCGGGAGAUAGCACGAUCCCCGAGGACCUCUCAAGAAGAGGAUACAAGGACCAGCUGUGCGUCGAUUUCUCUCCGGUUGUCGUAGACAUCAUGUCGAAACGACAUCAAGACGUCGGGGGCAUUACCUGGAAGCACGCCGACGUCCGGCAGAUGGAUGAGGUACUGCCGUCCGAGUCGGUAGAUGUAGCCUUUGACAAGGGGACUUUGGAUGCCAUGAUUUACGGGAGUCCCUGGGACCCGCCGGACGAGGUGCUUGACAACACCGGUCGCUACAUUCGGGAGGUCUUUCGCGUCCUCAAACCCGACGGGACCUUCAUCUAUGUCACAUACCGGCAACCGCACUUUAUAAAACCGCUUCUCAACUGCAAAGGCGUCAACUGGGAUAUCACGGUGGAUGUGCUGGGCGGUUCCGGCAGCUCUCUGGACUACCACGGGUUCGUGCUGAAGAAAGCGACGACGACAACGGUAGCCGAGCCAGCGGAGGCGGCGCAGACAAGAUGA